CACUCCCUCCCGACACACACACACACACACCCCUCUCUCAAGCCCAGCACAGGGCUGACUCUGUUGAGUAAAGACGCAGAAGUGGGGAAGGAGAGAGGGCAGAAACCAGCAAAGGCAGCAGCUGGGAGCGAGCGAGAGAGAACACGGGUUUUUGCCAAACAGAGGACCGUCAGGAUAAACUGUAGAUCCAGCCGGAGCAGCGUGGAACAGAGGAUGUGUAAGCUUUGAUCCAGGGUAACGCCAGGCGGUUGGGAGGUUUCCCAGAGAGAUGUCUGCAGCAGCUGAGGCCUACCAGGCGGUGGGCGAGCGGAAGACCGAAGGCUGGCAGGAUCGGACUCAGCUCCCUCCGGCGGUGGACCUCCGAGCACCGCGCCUGUCCUUCACAGAUGAGGCGGUGUCUUUGCUGACCACCAACGGCCUACUGGCCCGGUCCCUGCUGGGCACCCGGCAGAUCAAGCACAAGGGCACCAACUCAGUGAGCCGCAGGAAGCGGGAGUUCAUCCCGGAUGAGAAGAAGGACAACACAUACUGGGACAAGCGCAGGAAGAACAACGAGGCGGCCAAGAGGUCGCGCGAGAAACGGCGGGUGAAUGACCUGGUCCUUGAGCAGCGGGUCAUCGCCCUGCUGGAAGAGAACGCUAGGCUGAAGGCCGAACUUCUGGCUUUGAAGUUCAGGUUCGGCCUACUGAAGGACCCCUCCGAGGUGCCUGCUGCCCACAGGAAUGCCCAGUCCCUCCACUGUGUCACUGCCGCCCAGCCAGCUUUCCUAUCCAGGGCCUAUGGGAUGCAGCCAGUGGACAACAAGGGUUUUCCAAGCGGGAGUCAGCCAUUUGGAGGCGACCCCAGUGUGGAGCCGGAGCCCUGUGCCGUCUCCGAGGACUCUGGCAUCUCCACGCCCGGAAGCUCCAACAUGGGAAGCCCCGUCUUCUUCGACGAGCAGCUGAGCGACCAGGACAAGUUCCCGCCAAGCCCCGAGGACCCCCGUUUGGAAGGCCAGCUGUCACCUGACGGCGAGGCGGACAUCGGACGGGCGUUCACCGGGGACGGCCUGAAGCCUCCCCGUGGUCCCGAGCUGACCGAGACGGUCAAAAGCCUGCCCCACAAGCUGCGCUUCAAGGUGGGCGCUGGGGUGGAAGAGAUGGACGUGAAGGUGAAGCUCCUCCAGCUGGCAGGGGGCAGCCUUGGCAGAGGGACCGCUGACCAACCCUCCGGCCAGGUCAGGGGGCAACAGCAAGGAUGCUACGCCAACGCACUCCUGCCUCCAGACGAGCGGGGAACAGGCUCUGGCGUGGUCCCUCCCGCUUGGAGGACCCCUGUUGGACUCUCUCCAGAUGAGAGCAGAAGUGGUCUCCACUGUAGGUAUUUGCGAGAAGCCACCCCGUUCAGCACCCAAGGAACCCCAGGCUAUCCGAAAGACACUCUGAAGGAGGAUUCUGCCUACAAAUCUGAAAACAGUGCCCUUAAGCAUCAGCUGGCUUCCCUCUCAGCCGAGGUGGAACAGCUGAAGAAGAUGUUCUCUCAACAAAUGUAUCCCAAUCUGAAUUGAGGGCUGUGUCCGACGCUGUGUACAUCUCUUUCGGUUUCUUUCCCCCAUUUUCGGUUUGGUUCCCCUGUUGAGUAGUUUAAGUUAUUUGCAGAUACCCGGAGUCCGUGCGAACCUGUAUUUAUUGUGGUGGCUGUAAAUAGACAAUGUGUGUAAAUAUAUUUUUACUCUUUAUUUUCUAACUGAUCACUGUCAUUGUAAUAAAUUCUUCAAAGCUC